AUGUACGAAUCAGCAUCUGCAAAACGAUUUAAGAGUAAUAAUAGCAAUAAUAAUAAUAAUAACAAUAAUCAAUUGCCAUUAGAUUUUAGUUUAAAAUCCUUGUCAAAGUCAGAACCCGAAGUUUCUGAAGUUUCUGAGCGUCUAAACUACGACAGCCAGCAAGAAGAUGACCUAGUAGACGACAACAACGUCUUCGCGUCGGCGAACAUCGCCAACAAACUACUGGCUCUGGAGUAUGAGCUGACCAAGAGGAUAGAGCUGAUAUCCUUCGACCCGCCUGUCGAGUACGUUUACAGUCCGAUAGACUACGCAAUUUCAGUCCACGCGAAUUUCCUCCAGAAAUACUGUCACACGACCAAGAAAAUUCUGUUUCUGGCGAUGAACCCCGGCCCGUGGGGAAUGUCGCAGACUGGUAUUCCUUUUGGAGAAAUAAACGCGGUAGUGAACUGGCUCAAGCUGUCGGGGCUGAUAGAGAAACCGUUGAAGGAGCAGCCGAACAGGAAAGGCUCUAAAUUGAAGGAGUUGAGAGAUAUUUGUGAUUUGACGCUACUGGCAGUUUUGAAACUUCUGGAAGUUGAAAAAAUUGUAGGGAUUGGAAGAUUUGCCGAACAAAGAGCUAAGAAUAUUGUUAAAACUGCUGGUUUACCGAUUAGAAUUUUUUGGAUGCCUCAUCCAAGUCCUAGAUCCACUGCCAACGAAAAUUGGAGCGAUAAAGCACUUAAAACUUUAAACGAGUUAGAUUUACUUAAAUAUUUUGUAAAGUCUGACGACGAGAACGUGAACUGA